AUGGCUUCAGAACUGAUCAAAAGUUAUAGAAAUGAGGCCGAGAUUUACCAAGGUGAAGCUGUCUGCAAGCAGAAGUUCAAUGAACUUUGGGAAGAGUUUUGUCUUCCCAAAGGUGUCCUGCGAUCAGACAUAGAGGAGAUGGGGCACCACCGACCUUCAGGCUUCGUUUGGUUGAAGCAGAAGAAGAAAAAGGAGCACAAGUUCAAGAGCAUUGACAAGACUAUCGUCUAUGGUCCUGAGCUCACAAUGUUCGUUGAGAAAGGUAAGAUCAAGAAACUCACGGGUUGUGACAACAAGGAAAUGUGCUUCCGAAUCUCUGUUUCUGAAAUCUGCUUCAAAGAUCCUGCUCUAGAGAAGCUUAGCUUUAAAACUUCCACUGGCCUAUCAGGAACAUACCUAGCUUCAGAAUUUCAGGACGAGGAUGACGAAAACAAGAAAAGCAAGCACUAA